AUGAUAUCACGACAACCCUACGCCCCAACACCCCACAGCUAUGUCCCAAACUCGACGCUUUCAGCCACCAUAAACCUCGACGAGGAAGUCAAACUCGCCGACACCCGCGCCGAACGCGAUCUCCAAGACUCCCUCGCCGAGAUUUUCAGCAUCAUCGUCACGAUCGACGAGCUCGAGAAGGCAUUCCUCAAAGAUGCCAUCCCCGAGGCAGACUACACAGAGAUCUGCGAGCGGUCGCUGAAGCAGUACAAGUCGUUGGUUGCCGAUGAAACGGUGGCCAAGGCAUUUGUGGGGUUGGAGGAGUUUAAGGCUGAGUGGGACCUCGAGGUGCCCCGCGCAACAGAGAGGAUACGGGUAGGCAUGCCAUCGACCGCGGUAACAGCGAGUUCGGGGGCUGCCCUGGCACCGGCCACGGCCGGUACCACUAGCGGAACAUUGAUCUUGGAGGCGACGCAGGACUUUAUUACCUUUUUGGAUGCGUUACGGCUUGGGCUACUAGCGAAAGACCAACUUCACCCGCUGCUGACAGAUGUGAUUCAGUCGGUGAACAAGGUGACGGAUCGGGACUUUGACAACCGGGGGAAGAUUGUGCAAUGGCUCAUCACACUCAACCAGAUGAAGGCGACGGAGGAGCUGACGGAGGACCAGGCGCGAGAGUUAGAGCUGGAUAUCAACUCGGCGUAUCAGGGGUUUAAAAGAACCCUGUCAUGA